AUACUUCCUACUAUUGAUCUCAAAACAUCAUCAAGUAUCAAUGGCUUCACUUAAGAGUUUGAUCAUUUCCUACAUUACCUUACUUUCUCUUUUCCAUUUCGAGUUUUCGAAUGCUGUUAAGGGUGGCUAUUGGUCUCCUGAUAAUGGUCUUAAAGCCUCAGACAUCGAUUCCACUCUUUUCACCCAUCUCUUUUGCGCCUUUGCCAAUCUUAACUUACAAACAUACCAACUCACAAUUUCUCCGGGAUGCCAAACCUUCCCUCGAACCAUCCGACAAAAGAACUCGGGGGUCAUGGCCCUCUUAUCCAUCGGUGGAGGGAGCGCAAAAUCCUCUGAUUACAACAACAUGGCUAGCCAACCUAGUUCUCGAAAAGCCUUUAUCGACUCCUCGAUUAGCCUUGCUACGAGUAAUGGUUACAACGGGCUAGACUUAGAUUGGGAGCAACAGUCUAAGACGGAAGAGAUGGACCACUUGGCAACCCUCCUAACCGAAUGGAGGGCCGCAAUAAAGGCUCAGGCUCCGAACUUGAUCCUGACCGCGGCCCUUCAUUUCAGACCUAUGGCUAAUUCAGUAGCUACAUUCCCUGCCAAAGCCAUUUCCGAUAACCUAGACUGGGUGAAUGUCAUGGCUUACGACUUUUAUGCACCCGGUUAUGGUCCGCCGCCAUAUUUUACUCGACCUCAUGCGGCCCUCAAUGAUCCAACCGGCGCCAAAGUGAGCGGAAGUGAUGGGAUUAAUGCUUGGAUCAAGGCGGGUGUGCCGGCUAAUAAACUCGUGUUGGGUGUCCCCUUUUACGGUCACGCAUGGACUCUGGCUAGCUCAAAUAACAAUGGUAUAAUGGCACCAGCAACUGGUAAUCAAAACACUUAUGUUCCGGAGGGUACACCUAGCUAUACGCAAAUCAAGAAGUUUAUUAGUCAAAAUGGUGCAAAGGUUGUGUAUAAUUCUUCUUAUGUUGCUUAUUAUUGCUUCUCUGGGACGACUUGGAUUGCUUACGAUGAUACACAGGCCAUUGCUACUAAGGUUGCUUAUGCCAAGAACACCGCCUCGUUGCUUGGAUAUUUCGCUUGGCAAAUUAACCAAGACCUUAAUUGGGCUCUUUCUACAAAAGCUUCACAGACAUGGGGAUCAUAGACGACGAGUGUCAUAGCUAAAAGAGAACAAGUAUGCAUGGAAAGAAGUUUAAAUAAAGUGUGCUGAACAUUAUAUGUUAUUUUUAUUUUUAUAAUAAUAUAAACUAAUUAAAAGUUUUACGUUUACUUGAGUUGUAUGUAUAUCCACUAUACUUUAGUAACUUUACUCUUUCUGUUGUA